CUAUCGUGUAUAAGAAAUUGCCAGAAUGAAAGAUCUGAUCAUCACGUUCUCGUCCCUGUGGCUGAUCUCUCAUGCGGCUUCGGACGUGAUCUCAGACAUAACGCUCAAUACCAUCCCCAUCUCUAUUUCCGAUGUGUUUGAAGGGACCGAUCAAAAGAACGACAAUUUCAAUACAUUGCAAAUAAUACAAAGUCAGGGUUACCCGGCCGAGGCACACACUGUGACGACGGAGGAUGGUUACAUCUUGACGAUACACCGUAUCCCCGGGAAACCAGGAUCCCCAGCAGUCUUUUUACAACACGGUAUACUCGGAAGCUCUGCGGAUUGGCUCAUUGUUAACAAAAGCCAGUCGUUAGCUUUCAUGCUG